AUAAAGGAGGGAACAAGACUAACAUGGAAGAGAGAGAUGUGUUAGACCGAAUUGGAUAAUUUUUUCAAGCUUGGCUUCUAUAAAGAAGAUGUCGUCAGUAAACUCCUGACAAUCUAUUAAAUGAACGAAACAAGAUGGAGCCACAAGCCAAACGAAGGAAAGAAAUGGACAAAUACGACACUUGGGAUGUUCUUCCAGUUCUCUCUGACAAACAGUCCCAGGACACCGAAUUGUUGCCAGCCUACGCUGCACCUAUCAUGGAGAAAAGACAAACUUCCCGCCUGGUUCAGGAGCUUUCCCUGAUCCACCCUUUACCCGAUUUGCAACACAUAAAAAGAGUGAGAGCUUGCAAGGACAAAAGCUCUCCUCAUCCAUUAGAGGUCAUUGUGUGCUUGGCCAGGGAUGUGCAGGUGAUAGACUGCGAAAGAGUUACGCUUGCCGAUCUGCUUCGCCCACAGUCUUUUGACUCCAGUGGUUUGGGAGAACCUUUCCUUGUCGAAAUACCUGCCAACCCUCCGCUGACGAGACCGCAGUUUGAAAAAGCUAGCGAACACUGGCCCACGUCAUUCCACGAGGACAAACAAGUGACGUCUGCUCUGAGAGGCCAGUUAUUCGCUGCCCAUCAGAAACAUAAAAUGCAAGAGUACAUGAUGGCAGCCGUGGAUGCUGCAAAAUCAGGCGGGGAGAUGGGAAUGGAUGCGGCGGGCGCUGUGAUCGUUGACCCAGAAUCGGAGCAGAUCGUUGCAGUGGGUCAUGACUGUAAGCGGGGCUCUCAUCCGCUCCAUCACGCUGUCAUGGUCUGUAUUGACCUCGUGGCCUGCGGGCAAGGAGGAGGCGCUUAUAGCUACGAGAAAUAUCCAGCCUGUCGGUUUAGAGGCUCCGUGUCCUUCAGGAAUGCCUGCAAUGCCAAAGAAAGCGGCCUGCCUUACAUCUGCACUGGAUAUGACCUUUACGUCACUCGAGAGCCGUGCGUGAUGUGCGCAAUGGCUUUGGUCCACUCAAGAAUCAGCAGGGUGUUUUAUGGGGUGCCCUCUGCAGAUGGUGCCUUGGGAACCAAGUAUAAAAUUCACUGCCAAAAAGAUUUAAAUCAUCGCUUCGAAGUGUUUAAAGGGGUGAUGCUAAAUGCAUGCGAGGCUUUACACAAAAAGUGAUUUUUUUUUUUAUACAUUCACAUCAAAGAUGACAUUUUAAUAGUUUUUACAUUUCCAAUUACAACCAAAUAUAAUUUUCUUUUACAUAGGACCGUAAUAAAAAGUAUAAAAAAAAUGCUGUCUACGUUUAAAUAUUCUUACGUCUAAGUAUCAUGUGACACUAAGGACUGGAGUGAAGAUGCUGAAACUUCAUAAAUAGCAUUUUUAAAUAUAACAAAAUGGAAAAGUUAUUACAUUUCUCAACCUUUUCGAACAGUGGUGUUUAUGAUUGUAUGAUUUGCAUCGAAUGCAUUUCUUAUUUCACAAAAUUCAUUUUUAUAGUGAAGAACAGAGUUCGUAAUACUUUGUAAAGUUUUAUUUGUUUGCAGCAUGUCAUACAACACACAACAUCCUACGUUCAUACCUUUUCUCAAAACAAAAGGACAAAACAAUUGGCACAGUCGAGCCUUUGCAAAUAUUGUCAAAAGACAAGAAAGUGGAAGAAUACAAAUAGUUAAUGGGUUUAUGUUACAGUUUCUCAACUUCAAUAAUACUGUGACAGAAAAGAGCAAAGAAACAUGAUGGUUUGCUGAAGCUUGGUAAUGAUCCAGAGAUUUAAAAUGACAUACUGAUAUUGAGCUAAAAGUCAACAUGAAAUAUUCUGAUUCAAACAUUUAGGGAAGAACUUGAUGUUUUGUUUCGGGGGCAGAGGAAGCCGUUCAAAAUUUACACGAAAAUGUCGUGCACAGAUAAAAUGUUCAAAAUGAGACCAGAAACAUGUAAAAAGAAUAAGAAAGUUCUAUUUUUGAUUUCAUGUUGACUCUACUGAAAUUACUUAAAAGGCUAAAUGUUGUUAAUGCUAUUUUUUUUCUUUGUCAUUUAUUAGCUGUAAGACAUUAACUAAACAAAACUACGGCGUACUGAGAUGAACAAAUAUUUUUUCAGGAAAUCAUGCAAACUGACUUUUUAUUUGUUGUCUCUAAAGCAAUGAUAACAUUAACGAAACAGCAGAAAGGUUUCAUGGCUUUUAAAUUAUUUUUAAAACACAUUUUGUCAAUUCAUGGAAUUAUCUAAGAAUGCAUUUAGAAAUGUGAAGUGACACUAAAAGCAUAAAACUAUCUUAGUGUAUCAGUGUUGUGAGCACAUUUGAACAAACAAAAACUAUAUGAACGAAAAAAAAAAACUAAAACAACAACAACAAAAAAAUAAUUAAUUAACAAAAAAAAAAAAAAAAAACCAUGAAACCUGGGCCAGCCCAGAUCCACGAGGAUCACAAAACAA